GUGAACUAUAGGAAACAAUUUUGUGUAAAUUACCCUCAUUUAUAAUCUCACUUUAUUAACCGCUGGAACCCUAAUACACCGGCGGUAAAAUAAGAGUUUAACAGAGCAAAAUUCCAAUUAAACAAUUUAAUUUUGGUUUUACAUGGGUGUGGAAGCGUCGAGUGCUGAAUACUAAUGUCAUAUCUCUUGAAUCAGUUGAAUGCCGUACGCCAUCUUGCUGAAUUCGAAGCCAUGGCCACGUCGAAGAAAGUCAUAACUAGGGAAGAAUGGGAGAAAAGGCUCAACGAUGUAAAAGUAAGAAAAGAGGAUAUGAAUAAGUUGGUGAUGAAUUUUCUGGUUACCGAGGGUUAUGUGGAAGCUGCGGAAAAAUUCAGAUUGGAAUCUGGGACGGAGCCUGACAUAGACAUUGCCACUAUAACGGAUCGCAUGGCUGUUAAGAAGGCAGUCCAGUGUGGUAACCUGGAGGAUGCCAUUGAAAAAGUUAAUGAUUUGAAUCCCGAGAUCUUGGAUACAAAUCCACAACUCUUUUUCCAUCUCCAACAGCAAAGGUUAAUAGAACUGAUUCGGAACGGAAAGGUAGAAGAGGCUUUAGAGUUCGCUCAAGAGGAACUUGCUCCACGGGGAGAGGAAAAUCAAAGCUUUUUAGAAGAAUUGGAGAGGACAGUUGCGCUGCUUGCUUUUGAAGAUGUCACCAACUGCCCUGUUGGCGAGCUUUUAGACAUAUCACAGCGCCUUAAGACUGCUAGUGAGGUGAAUGCUGCCAUUCUUACCAGUCAGAGCCACGAAAAAGAUCCAAAGCUUCCAAGCUUAUUGAAGAUGCUAAUAUGGGCGCAAAAUCAACUUGACGAGAAAGCUGCUUAUCCUCGAAUAAAUGAUUUAUCUACUGGAGCACUUGAAGAUCCUGCUGUUUGAAGUGAAUGACUGCCAGUGUCUGUAUGAUACAGGUUCGUCAUUCUGGUGUUGCCAUCUCAAGGAAAUGUUUGAAAGCUUGAAAUCUGUGUACUUUUAUUUGGAUGACCAUAUAUUGUGCUUAUGAAAAUGUGUUAGGUUGGUAGUGUUUAUACGGUGGUGAAUUUGGGCAUGGCUCGUGUACAGUCUAUAUAUGAUCGAGAUUAUCGAAUUAUUUGUUAAUUUCAGUAAAAUAAUAGACCAGAAUUAUCCUUAUGACUUC